UGCGUCCUGGCCGCCGCGCUCUUCCCAGGGCUGCAAGCUCAGACUGUCCUGGUCAAUGACACCGUCUCGGGCUUCAUCGGGACGGACGUGGUCCUGCACUGCAGCUUCACCAACCCGCUGCCCAACGUGAAGAUCACGCAGGUGACGUGGCAGAAAGCCACCAACGGCUCCAAGCAGAACGUGGCCAUCUAUAACCCCGCCAUGGGCGUCUCCAUCCUCUCUCCCUACAAGGGCCGUGUCAAAUUCCUGAACCCCUCCUUCCAGGAUGGCACCAUCCAGCUGUUCCGGCUGCAGCUGGACGAUGAAGGCGUCUACAUCUGCGAGUUCGCCACCUUCCCCACCGGCAACCGAGAAAGCCAGCUCAACCUCACCGUGCUGGCCAAGCCCAACAACUGGAUGGAAGGUACCACACGGCCCCUCAUUGCCCGGGUCGGCAUGACGGAGAAGAUCCUGGUGGCCACCUGCACCUCCUCCAAUGGGAAGCCGUCCAGCAGUGUGACCUGGGACACCACGCUCAAGGGAGCAGCCGAGUUCCAGGAGAUCCACAACACCAACGGCACCGUCACGGUGAUCAGCCGGUACCGCCUCGUGCCCAGCCGCGAGGCCCAUCGCCAGCAGCUCAUGUGCAUCGUCAACUACCGGGCGGACCGCUUCACCGACAGCAUCACCCUCAACGUACAGUAUGAGCCAGAGGUCACCAUUGAGGGCUUUGAUGGCAACUGGUUCUUGAACCGCAAGGACGUGAAGCUGACGUGCAAAUCCGACGCCAACCCCCCUGCCACCAGCUACCAGUGGAAGCUGCUGAACGGGUCGCUGCCUGAAAACGUGGAGAUCCAGAACAACACGCUCUUCUUCAAAGGCCCCGUCUCCCACAGCCUGGCUGGGACGUACAUCUGUGAGGCCACCAACACCAUCGGCACGCGGUCGGGCCUGGUGGAAGUCAAUGUCACAGAAUUCCCCUCCACCCCGCCUCCGAGCAAUGACCGCAAAUCCGUGGCCCAGCCCAGCCUGCCCACGGCUGUGAUUGGGGGCGUGGUGGGCGGCGUCUCCCUGGUCCUGGCGGUGGCCGUGGUGCUCUUUGUGUUGCUCCGGCGCCGGCGUCACACCUUCAAGGGCGACUACAGCACCAAGAAGCACGUGUACGGCAACGGCUACAGCAAGGCUGGCAUCCCGCAGCACCACCCGCCCAUGGCGCAGAACCUGCAGUACCCCGACGACUCUGACGACGAGAAGAAACCGGGGCCGCUGGGCGGGAGCAGCUACGAGGACGAGGACGAGGACGCCGGGGGCGGGGAGCGCAAGGCGGGCGGCGCCAACAAGUACGAGGACGACUCCAAGCGGCCGUACUUCACAGUGGACGAGGGCGAGCCGCACACGGAGCCCUACGACGAAAGGACACUCGGCUUCCAGUACGACCCCGAGCAGCUGGACAUGGCCGAGAACAUGGUCUCCCAGAACGACGGAUCUUUUAUUUCCAAAAAAGAGUGGUACGUGUAGCUCGCCCCCCACCCUCUCCUUGACCCUGCGCCCUCCCACGCGUGCACACACACACACGCACGCCCACCCGCACGCACGCUCCCCUCACCCCAGCGGGGCCCUGCCGCGCGCCUCCCGACCCCUGUGCCGGGCCGAGGGGCGCGGGGACACACCUGGCACGCACGCCUGCGCGCACGCCGACGCCGCCACCCGGCCCGAGGGACCUCCGCAGAGACUUGAGCACCUGCCACGAACUUGGAGGCAUCGGGAAGGGAUGAGGGGGGGCUGGUCGCUUUGCUUAAUUGAUCAUUUUGGGGAGGGGGUCCUGGGUUUUUUUGGUUUUGGGGGUUUUUUGGGGUUUUUUUGGGG